AUGGCACCGCCGAGAUCCAGCCGGGUACGGCCCUCAGAAGUCGCAGCCGAUACCAAGAGGAACUUCAUCCCACUCGUCAAGAAGAACUAUGGCGACAUCUUCCCACCCUACUCGUACCUCUACAGGCAGCCUAUCGCACAGCUCGCUAUCCAGCGUCAGAAGCCCAGUACCCGGCCGCCCACCUUUACUAUCGAGGUUGGCGACCCGGUCAUGAAGGCAUUGACAUACGCAGCUAUGGAUACGCAGGCGAGCGAAGCGGUUGGUGGCCCCAGAGUGCGUAUUCCCUUUAUCUGCGCCGCCAAUGAACGAAGACCUGGGGGGGAUUGGGAGACUGGCUGCGUUGGUUAUGAGGAGAAGCUCUGCCGACGAAGUAACCUCUCAGCCACGCUGAACUCGCCCUGGCCCAACUCACCCGAACCAAGCAACUACCCCAUCCCUUCCCAGGGCGGCAUCCUGUCUGACGCCGUCGUGGUCUGCCGUGGACCUCACGACCGCUACGAUCGGUUGGACAGCUGGUUUGACCUGCCCGUUGUGUCGGUACCACCAACGCGAUGGCCGAAACUCAAGGACAACGGCACCAAGUACUCGUUUGCGGAGGAACGCGAGAUGACUCGCGAUAAGCUGCGUGGCGCCCUCCGCAUCUGCCUCUACAACGGCUACGACCGCGUGGUGAUUGGCGACUUUGGCCUUGGCAAUGGCUACCGCAACCCUCCCCAGGAGCUGGCAGAGCUCUGGCGGGAUGUGUUCCUCUUCGACCCCGAUCUACGUGGGCAGUUUUCCUACGUUGUUUUCGUAUUCGAGGAUCCCCUCCAAAGCACCGCGCGGCACAUCCUAGACGAGAUUGCCAAGAAGGAGAAUGGCUCCAAGGGCAAGUCUCGGGCUGGAUCUUCGAGCUCGUCAGGGUCAAGCAAGAGCCAUAGCAGCAGCAGCAGUCAUGGCAGUUCCCCGACUGAUUGCCACAUCUUUGAGCACGUCUUCAGCCCCGCCGAAGUUGACCGAGUGCUUCGGCAACCCGAUCCACGAUAUGGACUCGGCAUGAUCACAACGUGA